AUGCGCGCGUCGAUCGCGAGCGCGCUCAAGCGCGCGUCAUCUCAACGAACGCGUCGUCCAAGCUCGUCGCGAUCGCGCGCGCGCGAACGCGUCACGCGAUGCGCUGCGCUCGACGAAACAAAAGAUUCUUUUGCACCAGAGACGGAAGAGUCCGAAGAUGUUUCCUUCGACGACGACGCUUUGAUCGACGAAUCCGAGGAUACGGGAGUGCGAUCGUUACCGUUCGUGAACCCAUCGGCUUUUGUGGACGCGGCGUCGCUGGAGAAGGCGCUGGGAGCGCUUCGGAGGGCGACGAGCGCGCUGGAGGCGAACGCGGCGGCGGCGUGGUUGGAUCGAGCGGCGGGCGAUACAAAGCGGCGAGCGGCGGCGGCGCGAGAGGCGGCGAUGGCGUUCGUGGAAGCGAGAAAAGAGUGGUCGGAGGUGCCGGUGGAGGUGGUGAGACGAGCACAGAGCGCGCUCGCGAGCACGGCGGCGAGUCGCGGGGACAUUGGGUGGUUAGCGGCGGAGGCAGCGGAGACAGCCGUGGACGGUGGGGACGCGUUCGACGCGCGUCUGCGUGACGUCGUAAACGGCAAACGAUUGUUGAGCGAUGACUACGCGUACUUGCUCGUGCCAGGGCUUUUCGGAAGUUAUUACCCCGCGUACUAUACAGACGUUCGAGACGUGUUCCGCGACAGAGGCGUGGAUUGUAGGAUCUCUCGCUUGGUCGAUGGCGAAGGUCGAGUCGAGUCGAACGCCGCGGCUUUGGCACGGGAGAUCAAAGAUGUGUACGACGAGACUGGGAAGAGGGUUAUCGUGAUCGGUCACAGCAAGGGUGGUGUCGACGCGGGUGCGGCGCUCGCGCUGCACAAACUCGAGGACUUUGUCCGCGGUCUCAUCUGCAUGCAGAGCCCUUUUGGGGGAUCGCCGAUAGCCACAGAUUUACUCUGUGAGCCGCUCAUAGAGUCAUUUACAACAGUGUUGGAGACAUUCGUCAGCGCUCCGAAGGGUACGGGUGCGAAAUUGAUCGAACCAAUCCGAGACUUGACGUACGCAGAACGUCGAUUGUUCCUCGCAAAACACCCGAUUCCAAAGGUAUUUCCCGUCGUCACAUUCGCGACGGCGACGAAGAGCGCUGCGGCUGGUCUGUUCCCGUCCGCGAGCUACGUCUUGAGUCGCUAUGGCGAGCUCUCGGACGGAUUGGUGUGCGUACGAGACACACAAAUUCCGAAUGCUGUCUUCGUCACCGCCGACUUUGAAAACGACCACGCCGACUGCGUGUUCCCCAUCGAGCACCCAGACGACAUGAUCGAGCGUCACGCUCGCGAGCAGGCUGAGAACCUCGCCCUUCGCCAGGCUCUUGGGUUCUCCGACCCAGCGCGCGUCGGCCCUACGCUCCCGCCGCCCGUCGGCCCAGCCAUCGUUCGCGCUCAGCGCGCAUUAAACUCCGCGCUCCCAGAGCGUCUCAAGAACUCCUUCGCGAGCGCAGAUUACCACGAAGCACUCGUGGGCGUCCUUCUCACCCACCCGCACCUCUCUCUUGACUAG